AACUAGGCAGAAGAGACAGAGGAAAGGGACUUGGGCUCUCUCCUCUCUUGGGGUCUCUCUGCUUUGAUUGGAUUGGUGGGUUUCUUUUUAGAGGCGGAGAAAGUGGCCUCUCUCUCUCUGCCCUGCUUCUUCCUGGGCAUGGAAGAAGAGCUUGCCAUGCUUAGGCAGCUUAUUGCUCAGCUUCAAGACCUCUUCAAUCUCCACGCCUCUCCCCCUCCACCUCUUCAUCCUCCUUUGCCCCUCCACCACCAGCCUUUUCUCCAACUCCACCACCACCGCGACGAAAACCACCACAGGUUUGCUUUUCCUCCGCCUCCUUCUCUAUGGUGCAUCCUUGAUAUCAAUGAUGGUUCUGCAGAUGAUUACUGCGAUUUUGUGAUGGCCGCUGGAAAAUCCGGAAGUUUCAAGAUGUUGGAGCCUUCCAAGCCUCCACCUUCCAAGAAGUCUAGAAAGGAACGGAUCCGAGGAAAGUUACCUGGAACUACUGGUACAACUGAGGUUAUGGAGCCAGAAAUUUGGAAGGAAUUUCCAGAAGACCUUUUUGAAGCUGUCAUUGCCAGGCUUCCCAUUGCUACAUUUUUCCGCUUUCGCACUGUUUGUCGAAAGUGGAAUUCUUUGCUGGACUCUCAGAGUUUCUCUCAGCGUUGUGCCCAAGUUCCACAAGCUAAUCCCUGGUUUUACACUAUAACACAUGAAAAUGUGAAUUCUGGAGCCAUAUAUGAUCCUUCCUUGAAGAAAUGGCAUCACCCCACAAUUUCUUCUUUGCCCACUAAAAUGAUUGUCUUGCCUGUUGCUUCAUCAGGGGGCCUGGUGUGCUUUAUUGAUAUUGGUCACAGGAACUUUUACGUUUGCAACCCUCUGACUCAAUCUUUCAAAGAGUUGCCGGCCAGGUCAGUUAAGGUCUGGUCUCGUAUUGCUGUGGGGAUGACUUUAAAUGGAAAUGCAAGCAGUGGUGGCUACAAGAUUCUAUGGGUUUGCUGUGAUGGAGAAUAUGAGGUUUAUGACUCAGUGGAGAAUUCUUGGACUCGACCGGGAAGCAUGCCCGCUAAUAUUAAGCUGCCACUAUCAUUGAACUUCCGGUCACAAGCAGUUUCCAUUGAUGAUACUGUAUAUUUCAUGCGUUCGGACCCUGAAGGGAUAGUAUCCUACAAUAUGGUUACUGGGGUAUGGAAGCAAUUUAUAAUACCAGCCCCACUGCAUCUGAGUGACCACACACUUGCAGAGUGCAGUGGCCGAAUCAUGCUCGUGGGGUUGCUAACAAAGAACGCAGCUACAUGUGUGUGCAUAUGGGAGCUGCAGAAGAUGACUCUCUUGUGGAAGGAGGUUGACAGAAUGCCAAACAUAUGGUGCUUGGAAUUUUAUGGAAAGCACGUCAGAAUGACUUGCUUGGGCAACAAAGGUCUGCUCAUGUUGUCAUUGAGAUCAAGACAAAUGAACCGACUUGUUACUUACAAUGUGAAAAGCAGGGAAUGGCUUAAGGUUCCUGGUUGUUUGGUGCCACGUGGGAGAAAACGGCAGUGGAUUGCAUGUGGCACUGCCUUCCACCCGUGCCUUACUGCUACAGCUUGAUUUAUGUUGUCUUUGUGGACUGUAGCAGCUUCUUCAUGCGAGUGCUGAGUACUCUCUCACUAGUGGUUCAAUGGUCAGUCACUUUGCUGCAAGCUUUGCUGCUACUUUUAUCUCCAGCCCAUUUCUUUGUUAUUUUAACGAGGCUGAUGAUCCGUUGGAUGAUUGUACAAACUUGUUGAAAAAUAACUUUGAAUGGGAAAAACUACGUUUUAAAUCUGCUCA